GAGAUGUCCUGCGUCAUGACGUCUGCGAACAACUCUCUGACGUAACUCCAUAAUGGCGGUGCGCUUGUUACAAUGGGAGCUGUUAAUGAUCACUUGUUAGCUAAGAUAGUGUGAAUAACUACGAAAUAUCGAUACAACUGUCUGUUUUGAGUGAUUUACUCCGACGGCUACAUGUUAAAGCAGUCCAGUGCAGCGGGCCCAUCAACCGUUGCCUCUCCUCAGCCAAUGAAGGAAUCCAAGGAGAACUUGUCAAUGUCCGGCCAAGGAAGUCUGGACCACAUCAAGCCAUGCUGGUACUGGGACAAAAAGGAUUUAGCCCACACCCCUUCUCAGUCCGAGGGCCUGGACCCUGGCACAGAGGCCCGGUAUCGGAGAGAAGGAGCCCGCUUCAUAUUUGAUGUGGGGACCAGACUUGGCCUCCACUAUGACACUCUGGCAACUGGCAUCAUAUAUUUCCACCGCUUCUACAUGUUUCACUCCUUCAAGCAAUUCCCCAGAUAUGUGACAGGUGCUUGCUGUCUUUUCCUAGCCGGGAAAGUGGAGGAAACCCCAAAGAAGUGUAAAGACAUCAUCAAAACAGCCCGCAGCUUACUGAAUGAUGUGCAGUUCGCCCAGUUCGGAGAUGAUCCAAAGGAAGAAGUGAUGGUAUUGGAGAGAAUUUUGCUCCAGACUAUCAAAUUUGACCUGCAGGUGGAGCACCCUUACAUGUUCCUGCUGCGCUACGUCAAGCAGCUCAAAGGUGAGAAGAAUAAAGUCUGCAAGGUGCUACAGAUGGCAUGGACCUUUGUCAAUGACAGCCUGUGCACCAUGCUGUCCCUUCAGUGGGAACCAGAGAUCAUUGCGGUAGCAGUCAUGUACCUGGCUGGCCGCCUCUGUAAGUUUGACAUUCAGGAGUGGACCGCCAAGCAGCCGUCACGCCGCUGGUGGGAGCAGUUUGUCCAGGACGUCCCAGUUGAGCUGCUUGAAGAUAUUUGCCACCAGAUCCUGGACUUGUACUCCCAGGGAAACAAGCCCAUCCCUCAGCAGAUGCAGGAGAAGGAGCGGGCAUCUGUUCCUCCAGCCCCUGCUCCUCCAGCCCCGCAGGGACAACCACCAGCCACCAACCCUCCUCCCCCGCCACCCAAGAAGACCUCCCCCCAGGGAGGUAGCCCUGCACGCCAGCUCAAACGCUCGCAUACAUCCCCAAAAGAUGAACCAAAGGCUCCAGAACAAGUUGGAUCAAAGAUUCCUCGACUGGAGAGCCCCAUGCCCCCUCUGCCGACAUCCCAGCCUCCCCCAGACCGAAAAGCCCCCGCUCCAGCCCCACCCACGGAAGCAGAACCAGGAGGUGAAGCAGCUCCUCCUCCCCCACACGCUCCACCACCACAUCAACAGCCCCCUCCCCUGCCCCAUCGCCCUCCUCCACCUCCACCCUCCAACUACAUCAUGUCCACCAGCAGCUCUUACAUGUCUGGAGAAGGCUUCCAGAGCUUGCAGUCGAUGAUGAAAACAGAAGCUCCCUCCUACGCCCCCAUGCCACCCAGUUAUGCACCCCCAAUACCGCCAUAUCACCCCCACGUCUAUCCACCGCCUUCAGCACCACCUCCAGGCCCGCCGCCUCCUCCUUCCACCUACCCACCACCCAGCUUGCCGCCAACAUAUCCGCCGCCGGGCUACAACAACUACCCUCCACCACCCCCUCGCAUGCCGCCUGGCCACGUACCGCCUCCAGGUAUUGGUCUCCCACCUGCUGGGUACCCUCCUCCACCUCCUGUGCCCCCAGGACAGUCACAGGUGCCCCUGCCACCUCCACCUGGAAUGCCCCUGAACCGUGGUGGGUGGAUGAGAUGAGAGUGUGACAUCAGUCUAUGAACUGAGUUAGUGCAGCUGGGGAUGGAAAGUUCUCUGGAGAGAGGGAGAACAACCAGGAACCUGCUAUUCUGGUGCAAACCGAGAGAGAGCUUGUUCACCUCCAGUGUGACUUUUGUUGAUGAGAUUCUUAAUGAAGGCUGAACAAUAAAUAGACUUGAAAGGAAAAGUAAAGUCUGGACAGUAUUGUUAUGAGAACCUGAACUGAUACUGAAAGACUCCAGAGAGAAUCCUGAGAUAUUUUUUAAAUAAAUUGCUUAAAUGUGUACAGGAUGGUACUUAAUGUACCCAGUUUCAGGAUCAUGUAACAAACACUGUCUACUCAGCGUCUUGAAUUUCUUUUAGUUUUGUAAUACAUGCUCAUUAACUAAUUGUGGGCAGAUGAAAUGUACCGUUUGAGUCUUAUACUUCUGUAGUCUGUCACCCUGAUUGUGUUCAUUUCUCUGCAGUGUUUUUUUUUUCUUCACAUUCCCACUGUUUUUCUGAGGACAAACAGCAUAAUAAAACAUGAGAUGGUUCCAUACAGUCAAAUAAAAAAGGACUAUCACUGAAAUACAUGUGAUUAUACAGUUUGUCAUUGUACUGUUACUGUGAAAACACUGAAGUCAUGUUGCAAGAUGUUUCCGCUACCAUUAGACUUAGUUGUUGUCCCACAAUUUUGAGUGAAUCUGCAUUGCAGACAGUAUUACAGUUACCACACCAACCGUGUCUAACACUGGACAUUGAAAAGUUUUGUGCAUAUCUGAUCUUCUCCGGGCUUUUUUUUUUUUAGUUUCUAUCCAUAUGUGCCUUAGUUGGCCUUCUCUGUAUCCUUCACUCGGCUUUGAUGAUGUGUCUGAGUGGCACUUAGAACAAUAAAGACCUGCUUUUCCCACUUCA